AUGUCUACUCUAAUUUCUUUUCUCAAAGACCAGAAUAUCAUUGCUCUCUUAAAGAGCUCGAGUCGUGUUCAACAAGGUAGCAUAGCACGCUCAAUUACCAUCCUUUCUCUUGCCAUUGUCCUAGGUAGUUAUGCAGUACAUCGGCUUCGAUUGCACUCGAAGGAGCACGGUACACCUUUGGUGCCUUACUUGCUCCCUUUUGUGGGUUCAUCAAAGGAGUUUCGAAAAGAUCCAAGGGCAUUCCUUGACAAAUGGACCUCCAAAUAUGGGCCAGUGUUUCGAGCUCAUCUUUUUGGAAGAGUCCACACGGUGGUGUCAGGUCGCUACGUUCGUGAGGUGUUCCUAAACAAUGACUUUAACUUUGAAGCAGCUCUUGGAAAGACCUUUGAUUUAUGGCUAUUGACGGAUUCGACGAAUCAAGAUUUAAUAAACACCCCAAAGCUGCGUAGCCUGGUUACGAAGAACCUGGCCGUGGAUGUAAAGCAAUAUACACCCCGUGUUGUGGAGCAUUUGACUAUUGCAGCUCACGAAAUGCUUGGUGAUAUUGAAGGAUCGAAAGAAAUUCCACACUUGUAUCCCUUAAUGCAGCACAUGGUGGCUAUAGCUGGUGCAUCCAUUUUCGUGGGCCCAAAGCUUGCCAAAGACAAGGAUCUCGUUGAUACAUUCAAAAACCUUGCUAUUGACAUUGGAAUGGAAAUCGGACCCAAUAAUUACUUUUAUGAAGCGUUCCCUACGCUUUCCCGAAUGCGUCAAUGGUAUCUGGGCAAGUACGGCAAGGCGAUCAACAAGCAUAGGAAGUACUUGUAUCGUGCAUUGUCGCCCGAGAUUGAUGCAAGACUCGCGAAAAUGGAAAAAGGAGGCGAUUGGGAACGACCCCAAGACCUCCUGCAAUCUCUUAUUGAAGCACGCAACCUCACUUUAGCAGAUCCAGAACGCCAUACGUUGGCAGUGCAAUACUUUUUAGCCUUAGUGUUUGCCUCGAUUCAUACAACCAGCGAAAACGCUACGAUUACCAUGUACCGCCUUUUACAGCAUCCCGAAGCCAUCGAGCCUCUAUUAGAAGAGCAGCAACAAGUUCUUGAGAAACACUAUGGCCCCAACUUUGAUGACAGCGACAUGACCAAGUUGUUCACUGGUGAAGUGGUUAAAGACUUUACCAGGCUUGAUAGCCUUUGCCGUGAAACGAUGCGUGUCCGCAACUUUUAUCUCGAGCUGCCUCAUACCUACCUUGGAAAAUCGCGCUUCACCAUGUCAAAUGGUGCCGUCAUUCAUCCUGGUGAUGAUGUGAUCAUUAAUGCUUACACAAACCAUACCAAUCCCGAGAUUCAAUGCGAUGGUGUUGGUGAUUAUCAUGAAUUCAAGCCUUUCCGUUUUGUGGAAAAGGGUCGCCAAGCAACAAGAGUUGGGGAUGACUUUUUGUUCUUUGGUCAAGGACAACAUGCUUGCCCUGGACGUUGGUUUGCAAUGCAAGAAACGAAAACGAUCAUUUCUUUUCUUAUUCGGCACUAUACUAUGACUCCCAAGGAUGGCAUUACAUUUACCACGGGGCAUCGAGAAAACACACCCAUGGGACAAAUCAUCUUUCAAAAACGACAAUAA